UGGCAAAUAGUAAAUUUUUUGUGUAUUAAUAUAAAGUUAAAUUUCAAGUUAGAAUUUAAUAAUAAUGGCUGAACCAACAACAGUAGAUAAAGGCUCAGGCAUACCGGUGCGGUUCAUCGUGGCCAUCAUGAUGUUUUUUGCUUGUGGUAUUAACUACAUGAUGCGAGUUAAUGUUAGUGUCAAUAUCAUUGCCAUGGUGCCUCGAGAUAUAACAAAUAAAAAGCAGCAAAGUGAGUGUGAGAGCACGCAAACAAAUAAAUCUGAACUAAUGCAGCCACCUGGCACACCAACGUUUAAUUGGACAAAUCAGGAACAAGCUUAUGUACUGGGGGGAUACUUUUGGGGAUAUGCGACCUCUUGUGUAGUAGGAGGUACGGUGGCCGAGCAGUACGGCCCGAGGAAGGUAGUAUUCUACACGAUGAUUAUCGCGGCUAUAUUGACAGGACUGACUCCGCCUGCAGCAAUGAUAAGUGUUCAAAUGCUCUUAGCGUCCAGAGUAGUGGGUGGCCUAGCAGCGGGAUUCCUCUUUCCAUCACUUCACGCGUUAUUGGCUCAUUGGGCGCCUCCGCAGGAAAAGAGCAAAUUUGUGAGCGCACUGUUAGGCGGUGCUAUUGGUACAGCAUGCACGUGGUCAUUGUCAGGACCUCUCAUCAAAGCUCUCGGAUGGCCUUACGCGUUCUACAUCCAAGGAUUGAUAGGCAUUACUUGGUGUUUCGUUUGGUUAUAUUUGGUGCACGACUCUCCUCGAACACAUCCUCGUAUCUCCAAAGGGGAGAGAGAAUAUAUUUUAAAUGCGAUUGGAGAUAAAAUUGCCCAUGGCCAGAAGGUUAAAACACCGUUCAAGAAGAUCUUGACAUCGUUUCCCUACCUGGCUAUGGUGGUGCUACAUUACGGCAACGACUGGGGUAUUUACUUCAUCAUGACAGCCGCUCCUAAGUUCAUAUCUGGCGCUCUUGGAUUCGACCUCUCAUCCGUUGGCGGUCUAUCAUCAUUGCCUUACAUCUGUCGAAUGUGCUUUGCCCUUGGUUUUGGAUAUAUUGGUGACAGAAUUAUCCAGAAGCAAUUAAUGAGAACAAUAUACGUGAGAAAGUUUUUUACUAUAUUUUCUCAUAUCAUUCCGGGAUUACUUCUCUUCGCACUGGGCUACGCUGGCUGUAGACCUAUGCUUUCAGUGGGACUGAUCAGUUUCUCCUUGGGAUUAAAUGGUGCAGCUUGCUUAACCAACCUGGUGAACCAUCAAGACCUGGCGCCCAACUUUGCUGGCACAUUAUACGGCUUGGCAAAUGGUGUAGGAAAUACUGCUGGCUUCAUCACACCAUUGGUUACUGCUUACUUUACAAGAGACGGAAACGGAUUCGCACAAUGGAGACUAGUAUUCCUAGUAGGUUCUUUGUUGUAUAUUUUAACGGCAGUUUGGUUCAUAAUAUUCGGUACAUCCGAAACACAACCUUGGAACUAUCCAGAAAACAAUGAGCCAGGAGGACAACGUAAGAAGUAAACUAGUUCGACUAUAUCGCACACUGACUACUUACGUCUUGGUGCUCGCGCUUACGGCCGAACACCCUGAAACCCCUAGGAUUUGGAUGUAAAGAAUUGUAUAAUUUUCUUGCUUCAUUUCUAACGACUCUAAAGGUACUGUUACACUUGCUAAUUAAAAUCACGAAAGCAUGCUUCAAUUAAGCAUUUGUCAUUUAGUAGCAUGUAUGUCGGUCCAUCGACAGCAUUUUUAAGAAUGAUACCUGCGCUGCGGUGUCGGUUGAAUACAAAUAAGUUUGGUUGUCAUUAUUUUAAAAAUAAAUAUGUAUGCCAAUCUUUGUAAAACCUUUAGAGACUUGGUCGCAAAAGAAGAAAAAUAAACUUUUUAAUGCCGUAUAUAAGUCUUUGAGCAUGGUUAAAACUACCAUGCCUACUGCUAGCAAAAUAUAUUAUGUGAACUGCUCAUGAGAAUGCUCGUAUGGAGCAUAUUCAACAGAAUGCUUUUUAGCAUGUUAUUGCAAAGUAUGUGUAUCAGUGCCUUUAUUGUUCUAAAGA